UCGCUGGCUGACUCACGUGGUGUGUGCGGGGUCGGCCUCUAUUACAAAGCAGUGAGCAACUUACGCAAAAUUCGAUGUGUGAAUCAUGGUCUCCUCGGUCCUGCUUGUGAGAGCCAGAGAGCUGGAAUCAAUUCUCAACUGGGUACGAUUCAAGGAGGGCCCAUUCUCCGAGACGUGGUUGAAACUCUGUUUUGGUACCUCCCUCUCUCUCUCUCUCUCUCUCUUCGUAAUAAGCAAGUGGUGUAAUCAUUUAUACCAUCGGAGUUCGGAGUGCGGAGUGCCCGCGAAAUUUCGUAGGGCCAGAGAUGUCUUUUCCCGCCAUAACUGCCCUCUAUCAGAGCCCCAUAGUCUGGAAUCGCGGGACCAGGACCUGCAGAGCCUCGGCUUUGGCUGCUGCUGCUGCUGCUGCUGUCUUCGAGCUUUCGCCCAUCGCUACCGGUGCUCGCCGCAAGUCUUCGGGACUCUGGAGUUUGGGAAUCAGCGUGCGAGCUCGUUGGGCAUCGGCAGCGUCGUCGUCGUCGUGGUCGAGGAAUUCACCAAUGGAGGGAGACGGGAGCACCGCCGAAUUGUUGGUGGACGCCAGGGAGCCUGCUCUCAAGAAACAGGCGGUCGAAGUGCCUCACGUGAACGGAAGCAGCAACGGGAAGAGCCAUGUCGUACCGCCCGUCGCUCCCUCGCUCGCUUUGCGCGUGAAGAAGUUGGCCCCCGAAGCGAUUCUGCCCUCGAGAGGGUCGGCUCUGGCGGCCGGUUACGAUUUAUCGAGUGCAUAUGACGCAGUCGUUCCCGCUCGUGGAAAAGCGCUGAUCAAGACCGAACUCUCCGUGGCAAUUCCCGAGGGCACCUACGGCCGCGUGGCCCCUCGCUCAGGUUUGGCGUGGAAGCACUCGAUAGACGUGGGAGCCGGGGUCAUCGAUGCGGACUAUAGAGGCCCGCUCGGAGUGAUUCUAUUCAAUCACUCGGAUGCGGAAUUCUCCAUCAAAGCUGGGGACCGGAUCGCGCAACUGAUUCUCGAGUGCAUCGUUACUCCUGAAGUGCUCGAGCUCGACGAUUUGGACGAGACCGUCAGAGGCGAAGGUGGAUUCGGCUCCACGGGUGUCGCCGCCGCCGCUGCCGCAGUCGUCAUAGUCGAUGCCCCGGCCGGCGAUGAUGCUCCGAUGUCGACUAGUUGAACAAUUCCGCCGUCGUGUUCAUAGAAUGACCUCGUUAGUCGUAGUCUCGACCCUCUCUCUCGCGUAGAAGGUUUUCGAAUUUUGUACAGGAUAGCACAGCACCGCGCCCGCCUCAGGCAUAGAUAGAUGUCGUCACAAUCAGCUCAGGUUUUUGAGUAUGAGCAUGGUCUCGGUGUCACCGGACGUCUCGGACGAUGCGAUUGCAAAUGCAAAUGCAAUAGCAAUAGCAUUGGUCUGCAUGUAACCGAAGAUCAUCAGAAUUUUGAGUCCUUGGGAAAUUCAUGAUUCAGCUCAUGUCUUGCUCGUGCAACGCCUUCAAUCCGUCAGUUUUCUGAACUGGAGUGACGCAACCACUCCCAACAAAAGACGGACGUUUACGUCGAUGGAAUUGAAUUGCUUCGACUUCCUUGCUCACUUAUCUUCGCACUCGGAUUGGCUGCAAAUCCAAUUCAGCCCAUCUCAUCUCGAGGCUAUCCC